AUGGCUUAAAUAGAUAGAAAAGUUUAUGUAAAAAAUGUUUUUAUGUCAGAUGAGAUGUAAUAAGAUGCAAUUAAAUGUGCAAAUUAAGCAUUAGAAAAAUUUUUAAUUGAAAAAGAAAUAGCUGUAUUAUAAUAUUAAUAUUAGGCAUUUAUAAAAAUGGAGUUUGAUUUAAAAUAUAAUCCAACUUGGUAUUGUAUUGUAGGUAGAAACUUCAAUUAAUAUAUCACAAAUGAGAUAGAACAUUUUAUAGUAUUCUAUUUGGGAUAAGUUUCCAUUAUCCUUUAUAAAAGUGGAUGA